GGGUGAGGGAACUAAUUUAGAAAGGCAAUCCUUGAGGUCUACAUCAAAACGAUCGCACUUCGCCCUCCCCUCCCUCAUCUUUCUCCGAGAGUAAAGCUUUGUGAAUAUGCAGAGGGAAGGCUUCAGCGAAAUCCGCAUCACAGUCGUUGAAAAGCAACCAAUCAACCUCACGUCCCGAGAAAGACCAGCGGUAAGCAGUCAGAAGGUCCCGAUCCACAUGUGAAGUAAUUACACCGUGAGUCGAAUGAUAAUACUUUGUUUUCAUCCACUUUGAAAUGUAAACAGAAAUAGCGACUAUUCCAGCGGGUGCACCAAGGCUAAUUUUCACCCGCAAAACUGUAUGGAAGGUAUGCAUGUUGCGCGCGCAAUUCGACUGGUAUCUUUAUGACGUAAAAGGCCUAACGCUGGUCGAGUCAGAAAUCCUUUUUUUGUAGUACUCUCGUCAUGUCGAACGACCCUCUGUUACAAGCCACAUUGCAGUUGUCCGAGGAGUUACUCUGUAGAAGACCAGAAGAGAGAAGCAUCGACGACAUACAGCGUAUUCUUCCAUGGAUUCGACACAGGAGUAGUUUGUUUAAAAACCUGGAAGAUGAGACUUUAGUCAACUUGAUAAAACAUGUGCAGUUGAUCAAAGUAAAGAAAGAUCAUGUCAUCGUACGACAGGGAGAGAAGGGAAACUGUUUCUACGUCAUUCUUAAGGGUGCAGUGUCAAUUUACGCCAGAAAGGAAGAUGAUCAUCACACCGAUUACCACCAUCAUCAUGACAUGGGUGCAGUCCGCGGCGCCCAGGAAAGAGUAGCGUACUUUGGAAAUGAGCUAGGAAAUCUGAAAAGUGGAAAGAGUUUUGGUGAGAUGGUUCUAAUGAGCGACAAGAAGGAACGAAAUGCCACCGUGAUCGCCGAUGAGAUGACGGAAUUGAUUGUUAUCAAUGAGGAAUUGUUCAAGAGGGCUUUUUAUGCGUAUAACAUUGAAUGGAAAGAGAAGUCUGCCUUUGCUUUGGCUUGCCCACUGUUUGCUUCAUGGCCAACAGCACUAAAAGCUCUCUUGAUUGAAAACCUUAAAAUGCACAAAAUCCAGUUUGGAAAUCGGGUAGUGAAGCAGGGCUCGCCAUGUAAUGCGGUUUAUUUCAUCGCUAAAGGUGCGGCUAAGGUAUUAUCUGACCCCAGAAAGUGCAAAGAACAGUUCGAAGCUUUUGCACCUAAAAAGAGGAAGAAGAAAAAGGAACGAAACCACGGAGAAAUAGAAGAAGAAGAAGGAGAAGAAGGAAAGACUGAACUAAACGCACUAGAAGAUUUGGUUAGGCCUUUGACUGUUAUUGAAAAACGACGAAGAAGAUUGGCGUACGGAUUUACUGCCUUGGAAGACAGGUUACGGCGCCGUGAAAUACAAGCCUCCUUCAUUGGGCCCAAUGACAUCAUUGGUGACGUGGAGUUGGUUCUUGAUAUCCCAGAGUACUGUGCGAGCGUAGAGUGUGUCGAGGCGUUAGAGGUGUAUGAGUUGGACAAAGCAAGCUUUCAGCGGCUUGUAGCGCGGCGCAGCCCGGAAACACUGGCGCUACUGUAUCGAGUUGUCCUCACAAAGCUGAGGUUACGAGUGGAGAAGUUCAACGAGAUACCAUUGUUCAAAUAUCUGCUCGAUCGUGCUGAAGCGGCGCCUAAUAAAGAAACAUCGAAGGCGCUGAGGAGAAGAAGCACCCUACUGCCCCUGAUCAAAAAACCAUUAGCUAAGGGAGGAAGAUGGAAAACAAUAAAAGCCACAUUUUUGUUAGAAGGGCAGCCGGCUAGACAGAGCGAAACCAUUCUGGAAAUGAGAGGUGAAGUUAGUUACAAGGAUAAGGAGGCCACCUCGAGUGAAAAGAAAAGAAGAGACCAAAAGCGCUCCGAUAGAAAGGAACCAGUCAAAAAGCAGUACACAUCCGAAGAAUUUCGUGCCUUGAAGAAGAAAAUGCAGGCACGAGGAAAAAUGAUACGAUAAGGCGGUAUCUAAGGAACUGUAGGAAGCACUAACUUUCGUAAAAAUCAAUUGAGC